AGAUUUGCGGAUUUCUUCUGGUGGAGUGAGUGGAAUUUAAUCAGUUUUGGUCCAGUAGUUCCUCAGUGUCGGUACGUGAAAACUGCCUUUAACCUGAUAGACAGGGGAACAGUUCACGAUUGACGAUGUUGUUGUUCGAAAACGUGUAAAUUGAGAGCCAGAAAGAAGUUUAGAGGUGAUAAAAAAUUGUGAAAAGUGUUGACGAAGAAAAUAUAUCAGUAAUUAGCUGACAAAAUGCUCACCUACGAGAUGCCUCUCAUUCUGCGUGUUAUGACUAAGCCACAGACAGCUAUCACCUUGAAGCGAAUAGCAACGGGUAUUUUCAAUCGUGAUGGUGUCAUUAAGAAAAUCGACCAUUUGGGGGAGUUGCCGACCCCCUAUAAAAUCUCGGCUCACCAGAUACCACAUCGCCGGGCCUCUUAUUUUAUCUUGCACUUCACUGCCCCUCCGAAGAACCUUGAGGAUCUUCUUGAAGAAUACGGUCGUGAUACCGAUGUGCUUAGGUGCCGACUGUAUAAGCAGGAGGAAGAGGAGACAGCCCUACCCUGUACUUUUCACGAAGAAAUGUUGCCACCCUCUGACAGACCUGAAGUUCAGAAACUGCUGAAGAUAGCAGAGCACCGAAAAACUGGCUUCACUCACCCCUGGCAUUGGAAUUCAGGUUUGCAUUACUACCCAUUUCAGCGAUAAUUCAUUGAUGAGUGUAGGUGAUUUAGUUAUGUGAGUAAAUGAAAUAAAGAACAACAUAUUUACUAAUUUCUAAUAAAUGUUUUUAUUCCUGAUAGACUUUUAAAUACAAUCUGAAAGUUAUAUAUUUCCUUCAAUAAUUCACCAAAAAAGAUGUUUGUACAAAAUACUUAAGUUAAUCGCUCUCUAUAUAUCAUACAUAAUAUAUAUUCUUAGAAAUAAUAAUAACUGACGUGCAAAUGAGGAUCCAAUGCAUAGAAUUAAUAUUUUUGUUCUCAUGAGUUCUGAGAAACAUGAGAAACACAACUGAAGCAUUAACUCAACGGUAAUAUGAUAAUGAAAUAAUCUGAGUUCAUUGUGUAACAAUUAUGCACCACCUCGGUUGCUCUGCUAAUCAUUUUGUCAUGAGACAAUUACUUUUAAGUCAUGAAAAUUGACAGUUCUUCAACUAUAGAAAUGCAUUGUCCGUUUUAUAUUUCGUUCGUGUUCAUCGAAAUUUUUUUUUGAAAAAUUCCCAAGCAAUCGUGCGAGAUCAAUUGUGCAAAAACAAGGAAAUAUUUCUUUCUACGUAAUACAUUAAUUUGGUCAGGGACAUGAGAAUUUCUAUGAAAUGUUUCAACCCAAAAAUGGCACCAAGGUACACGAAUUCAUUAACCUAUUCACGUGGACCCUUACUGAAGAUAAAAUAUUUUCCAAUUCAGGAGUAAAAAAAAUAUAUCAGUAUAAUAAUACCAGAUUAUCGGCGUAAUUCAUAAAAUUUUGAACAAACGAAAAAAUUAUCAUCUUCAAUGACGAUUUGAAAAAAAAAACAAAAGUGAAGAAUAAAA